AUGAAUUACACCAACGAAAAUGAAGAGCCUGUGCCAGAGUACCAAGAGGAAGAUCGUGAAAAUAUGGAGCCCGACAUGGAUCAAACCUAUCCUAUGUACCCGAGCUCUAGUCGAGGCUAUCGCGAACAUAGUAGCAGUGAAGAACGCGAUUCCGGAUCGGAAAAUGAGAAUAAUCUGAUGAAACGUCCAUACGAGGGCCCAUAUCACCAGAACAUGGGAAAUUUAACGCACCCCCUGCCCAACAUGGGCAACAUGACCGCGAUGGGUAAUCGCAACAUGAACAUGAUGGGUAUGGGCAUGGGCAUGGGUCUGACGCCGGUCCGCAAACGCCGAGGUAAUCUCCCGAAGCACUCUGUCAAAAUUUUGAAACGUUGGCUUUUCGAACAUCGCUACAAUGCAUAUCCGAGCGACGUUGAGAAGCUCACUUUGUCCCAGGAAGCUGGUUUGACUGUACUGCAGGUGUGCAACUGGUUUAUAAAUGCACGGAGGAGAAUAUUACCCGAAAUGAUUCGCAGAGAAGGACACGAUCCAUUGAAUUAUACAAUUUCCAGGAGGGGUAAAAAGCUGAAUGCUGCAGCUAAUAAUAUGAUAGCCGACCAAGCAAGGAUGGGAUGGGCAGAUGAAUAUGCUUAUGGAGGACAGAACAGACUGAGAAUGGGCCAAGAAUACGAUGCAACCAUGAUGCUUUACCAAACCGAGGAGACGGAAGAGGGCUAUGAAGAAAAAUUCAAUCCCUAUUUGCAAAAUGCACCCCAACAUCAAUACAGCGGAAUGGUUAUGGCUAAUGCUCCGUUCUAUAAUAAUCAAGGAUACGCAUCGACAUCCUCGUAUGGUAACUUUCAAGUUCAACAACCGAUUCCACUACCAGGAGUAAAUCAAUCAGGUGCUAAAGUUGUAACGGAACGUACACCACAAUUUGUGCCAGAACCUGCGAUGACAGAAGAAGAGGAGAGGGAAAAAUUUAAGUGUCUCUAUUUGCUUGUUGAAACUGCUGUAGCGGUGAGAAAGCGCGAGGAGGCACACAAUAAUUUAGAUUAG